AGGCUCACAGUACACAGUCCCACACUCUCACAGCAUCGUUCCACCUUCCUCUAAGCGCUAUUAAAGGUCACAAACUUAGCUGCUAGAAUAGUGACUGUUACCUGUGUUAUUUAUGGGUGUCGAGUCUCCCAAGUCUCAACACGACAAAGCAGUCAAGUCAAGAAAAUGAUGAUUGAAAAGCCCUGGGCACGGGCAAAUCUUAUUUGACUUGAAAACUUGCAGACUAUUGUAUCGGGAAGGAUGAUGUUCCUUUAACUUUCUCCACUGUGCUCAAAGUUGAUGCUUCGAGCUGAAAGGAAGUUCGGCAAUAUUUGAGUCACGUCUGUGAAUCUUUGCUGACUGGCAGUUCAAGCGACGUUCCUACUGUAAUAAUUUUGGAAGAUUUACACCUGGCUCCUUCCCUUUGCGAUAUCUUUGCGCCACUGUCUCACUUUGAGUCGGUUAGAGAGAACCAAAAAUUCCCGUACCUUAUCGGCACUACAGGCCCAAUGGCGCAAUCCUCGGUGCACCUCCAGUUACAGUUUAAUUUCAGGUGGAUUCUUUUGGCAAAUCAUGCAGAGCCGGUUCAAGGCCUUAUCCAGCGUUUCUUACGUCGUCGCUUGAUUCAAAGUCAACUGCUGGCUAAAUCACGCGACGGAGCAUUGGAGCGAGUUGUCGAGUGGAUCCCUCGUUGUUGGGCCCACCUGAACAAAUUUCUGGAGACUCACAAUUCGGCUGACGUGACGAUUGGCCCACGUUGGUUCCUACAGGUCCCAGCUGAUUCGACGUGCUCACAAAUUUGGUUCACCGAUCUUUGGAAUUAUACUUUGGGGCCAUACCUGCUGCACGCAGCUAAAGAAGGGCUUCAGCUCUAUGGAAAACGAGCGCUAUGGGAAGAUCCUACGUCAUGGAUCAUAUCCACUUAUCCUUGGGCUCAAGGCAGUGCCUGUGAUGCUCUUAUGCGACUUCGACCUGAAGAUGUUGGUUACGACUCGGCAACAAGAUCAAAUUCUACGAGUACCUCAAACAAGGAUCGAGAUCCAUUGGUUAACAUGCUAAUUAAACUGCAAGAAGCAGCCGGCCUCCCAAGUCCAGUGGACAACUCAGAAAAUAGUUCCGAAUCACUAGCCAGUGGAAGCGAGUCCAAAGUGACUAAUGAUACAGUUUAAAAAGUACCAAAGAUCUGCAAUUUAAAAAAGUGUAAUAACCAAGCCACAAGCCAUCAUUGUUUACAUAUUAUAGCACUUAAUCUUUGUCUUUUUUAAUCAAAUACUAAAUCUGUUUCAAUGAAUUUUCGAAACGGAUUCUCGUUUGUCACUGUGUCGAAAGAAAUCUUUGCAUUUUAUGUUGUUCUUACAUCUAUAUGAUCCAUUGACGGCGUUUUAAAAUAAUUUGAUUUCAUAUUUUUGUACUAGUAAAAUAUUGUGUGCUAUGAAUUUCCCAGUUCAAUAAAGUGUUUGGUAAGUUAUGGAA